AUGACAUUCAGUUGCAACAGCGAGACCUCCAUCUCUUACUCUGGCAGCUACAGAAGCUAUCUUGGUCAUGGACGAGUCGCGAUUCCGAGAAAGUGUAGAUGUGGUUUGAAUGUUGAUCUUCGCACAUGUGAUGAUGGGAGAAGGUUCUACGUAUGCAAGGGGGAUACCAUGGAUGGAGAGCCGCACCUGAGAAUGUGGUUGGAAGAAGCAAUUCUAGAGGAGUUGGGUGAAUUGAAGGACGGUUUGGCCGGCGUAUCUACGCAGGUGCAGUAUCUCAGCGUGAGUUGUGGACGGUUGGAGGGGAUUGUUAGCGAUAUCGAGGUGCUAAAGGGGAUAAUAAAAAAACGUGAUGACAGAGCAGGGUACGAGUUCAAGAUGGCUGUUGCGUUUGGUAUAAUCGCAAGCAUUGUUGCUCUUACCGCGCUAUUCAACUAG